GUGAAACGCAGCCGAGUGGAAGAAAAUGUAGGAUCACAUCCCCUUCUUUUUCUUUUUUGGUGGAACAGCUUACUUAAAACCCUAGGUUUGAAAGUCUCGAGAGCGAGAGAUUCCCUCCUUCGUUGCCCGACUCACUGAAAUGUACGGCCCAGAUAGAGUCACCGACGAAGCGGUAUCGGAGCGGACAGCAUUCCGGAGAGCAGAGAAGCAAUACAAACUGUACUACGAUCAGGAUUCUAAAUCAUCCAAAAACAGGAAAAAGAGACCAAAACGAGUGGAUUUAUCUGAGGUUUUAGAUUUCAAAACAAUUUCGGAAUCUUACGACAAGAAUGGUGAUCUUCCUCCUGGAAUUGUCCCUUUUCAAUGCGGAUUUGACCGUCCCGUAUUCUGCUUGCAAAAUUGCCCUGGUUUUUAUUUCAUUCCUGGAGCAUUGAGCAUUGAGGAACAAUGCCGAUGGAUAAGAGAGGGCUUAAUAAGUUUCCCACAGCCUCCUAACAGAACAAAUCACAAUGCUAUCUAUGGGCCUAUACAUGACUUAUUUAUUGCUUCAAAGGAGAGGAAAGUACUUGUAGAGGAUGAGAAUACACUUCAGAGUUUAGAUUCUGGAUCUAAUGCUUGUGUCAGCAAUGAAGAUUCUCAUAGAUGGGAAUUUUGUGAAGAACAUAUUGCUUUAUCAAGAGGAAAGACACAUAAAUCCAUUUCAGCCUCGGUUUUAAUACGAAAGCUGCGGUGGAGUACCCUUGGCUUGCAAUUUGACUGGUCCAAGCGUAAUUACAAUGUAUCUCUCCCACAUAACAAGAUCCCUGAUGCACUCUGUCAACUAGCUAAAAGAUUGGCUGCUCCUGCAAUGCCUAUGGGAGAAGAAUUCCACCCAGAGGCUGCUAUAGUGAACUAUUUUGGAUUAGGUGAUAUGCUUGGGGGUCACUUGGAUGACAUGGAAGCUGAUUGGAGUAAACCUAUUGUAAGCAUGAGUUUGGGAUGCAAGGCUAUUUUCCUUUUGGGAGGAAAAAGUAGGGAGGAUCCUCCAUUUGCUAUGUUUCUCCGAAGUGGUGAUGUUGUGCUCAUGGCUGGAGAAGCAAGGGAGUGUUUUCAUGGUGUGCCUCGGAUCUUCACAGACGAAGAAAAUGCUGAAAUCACACCGCUUGAGGUACAUUUCUCUCAAGAAAAUGAUGUCUUGGAGUAUAUUAGAACUUCAAGAAUCAACAUCAAUAUCAGACAAGUAUUUUGAGCAUAUUGAUUCCGACAUCCAAAUUGUUAACUUCCAAUACGUGUCUAAUGGAAAGCCCCUCAACAUAGAAAAUGUUAAGGUGGCAUCAGGAUUAAUGGAAAAUGAUGAAGUUUUUGAAGAUAUCUGAAGCAUUAGAACGACGAUUAAUCAGUAUAUCAUUGGAAGUAGUUUAUUUCUUCAGCUGAAAGGCCAGAAAAUGGGUCUUAAAGAAUAAAUAGAUUCGGACAUUUUUACGAGUCCCGAGGAUUUUGAGAAUUUUCCGACUGAAAAAUAUCUUAUCAGCAAAUUACUGAAAUAUCAUGUCAUUGUUGUAAGUUGAAUUGUUAAUUUUUGGUUAGCAUGAGGGUAGAAAAGCAUUAUGAUUUUACUGUAAUUUUUUCACCUAUUUGAUAAUUAAUGAGAAAUGAGAAACUAACCUAAAAAUUGUUUAGUAAAUUAUAUUGUUUCC